UAAAGUUCCUAGGGGAAUUUUAUUUUUUUUCUCGUCGACAUUAAGGUUGCCACGACAAUUUGCCCGCUCCAUUCUUUUGGGAACCAACAAUAUGGACGGUUCAUCUGCUAUUAGUUCACAGCAAACCUUGAUGGACUACUUUCGAAUUCCGAGCAAUCCUUCUGGAUGGUUGCCCCAGCAACACUUUGGCUCUUACAGUCCCUUCAGUCGUUACCUUUGGUCAGCAGCAGCGGGUGAAGGUUAUCCAGCGCUGGAAUUGAUUCCCUCGGCGGCCGUAACGGAAAAACCGCCGUAUUCCUACAUAGCACUAAUCGCCAUGGCCAUUCAAUCGGCUACAGACAAGAAAAUCACCCUUAAUGGCAUCUACCAGUUCAUCAUGGAUCGGUUUCCUUACUACCGAGAAAAUCGCCAAGGAUGGCAAAAUUCCAUCCGUCACAAUCUGAGCCUAAACGAUUGUUUCAUCAAAGUACCGCGGGAGAAAGGUCGACCGGGCAAGGGCGCAUUUUGGACUCUUGACCCGGCCUGUUACGACAUGUUCGAGGCCGGAAACUACCGCCGCCGAAAGCGAAAGCCGAGGAUGAUCCAUCCAGCAUCGACUCACCCAGCAACGGUGCAACAGCAGUCUCAACUGAAUCGGCGUGAGGAUAAGUUUGUUUUCAGUAUUGAAAAUAUCCUUCGGCCAGAUCCGUUACCCGAUCAGCGGGAGAAGAUCACGCCUCUCCCACUCGUCUCCUGCUAUACGGGACAGCUUGUCAAUCACCGCUUCGUCAACUCAUUAACAUAGUUAGUAAUCGGUAGCGACAGAAAGAAAGAGCGAAAAAAAAGAAGAAAAAUCAACUUUUUUUUGUCUUCUUUUUGUGUGCAACUUCAAACCAAUUAAAGCAACUUUAAUUGGUGUAGUAGGCUUUAUAUUUAUGUACAUCUUGUGACGUGCUAUUCAUUAGCGUCUAAUUAAAAAAUGUCUGCAUCUCUCUCCCCCUCUUUCUACGUAUUUCCCCUCUUUGAUUUAUUUCUGAAUUACGUAAACGAUCGUUAUGAUAUAUAUAUUGGUGUGUGACGAGAAAGAUGAAAAACCGGUGAAGCUUAUUUGGUGCCUUUGAUUUCUAAAAUUCGUCAGUUCGUUAGCGAUUUUUUUUUCUCCUUUUGUUGUUGAAUUGUCUCUCGAUCUUUGUCUCUUCAUAAUUUGACGAAUCAUUGUGACUGAUUGUCUUAAGUUAUAUAAUGAACCCGUCAUCUUUUUUUAUCCUCUUUCAAGUGGAACAAAUACAUUGGAUUGUCAAUCAA